AUGGUUGCCUUAACUCUUGGUUUUGUCGCCACGGCGCUGGUGGCGUCUUCUGUUGCAGCUCCCGCCCCGGAGAUUGACGGAGCACACAAUGCUCCAGUCACAGCUAAACGUGCUGAUAGCUGUACGUUCACUGGGGCUAAUGGUGCUGCUGAAGCCUCUAAGGCUAGCAAAUCAUGCACCACCAUGGUCCUCGACAACCUUGCCGUACCAGCCGGUACCACUCUAGACCUUUCCAGUUUGGCUGAUGGCACGACUGUCAUCUUCCAAGGUACAACUACUUGGGGCUACAAAGAGUGGGCCGGCCCCCUUCUUAGCAUCGGUGGCAACAAGAUCACAGUCAAAGGGGCUUCUGGCAGUCUUCUGAAUCCCGAUGGAGCACGUUGGUGGGAUGGAAAAGGUGGCAAUGGAGGCAAAGACAAGCCAAAGUUCUUUGCCGCACACAGUCUCACUGACUCCACCAUUACCGACGUGAACAUCAAGAACACCCCUGUUCAAGCCGUCAGCAUUGCAAGUUGCGAUGGCCUCACCAUCACCGGCAUGACGAUUGACGAUUCCGAGGGCGAUGCCAACGAACUCGGGCACAACACUGACGCGUUCGACAUUGGGACCAGCAAGAACAUCAUGAUUGAUGGUGCAAAGGUGCACAACCAGGACGACUGCGUGGCCGUAAACUCUGGAACAAACAUCACCUUCCAAAACGGCCUCUGCUCUGGCGGCCACGGCCUCUCCAUUGGCUCCGUCGGCGGCCGCGCAGACAACACAGUCGACACUGUCACCUUCAACAACAACGUCGUCACAAAAUCCACAAACGGAAUCCGCGUCAAAGCCAAAGUUGGUGCAACGGGCAAAAUCAACAACGUCGUCUACAGCAAGACCACGCUGUCCUCCAUCUCAAAGUACGGCGUGCUGGUUGAGCAGAACUACGAUGGCGGCGAUCUCCAUGGCACGCCGGAUACCGGUAUUCCGAUCACGGGCCUGGUGCUGAGCGAUGUUAAGGGUGAGGGUGCGGUUGCGGCCAACGGGUUUAAUGUCGUGGUUACGUGUGGGAGUGAGACAUCUUGCACUGGCUGGAAAUGGGACAAUGUUGUGAUUACUGGUGGCAGUAAGGUGUACGGGAACUGUACGAAUGUUCCGUCUGUUACCAAGUGCUCCUAA